AUGGAGCUCGAUCAGGACACGCCGUUGCACUUGAAAGUCGCGAUCACUGCGAUAUGCUUCAUCGCUCUGGUAUGGCUGCUGCGCCGCCAUCGACAGCGCUUGGGGGAGGCAGCCAUCGACAUCGAUGUCCCAGCCCCUGAACAAUGCAAGCCAGGAUGGCAGGGAAAGACUCUGGACGAACCGUCGAUCAAGAUAUCUGGGUCUACGGCCAUUCAAUGCUACGCGCCAGCAACGGGGCAGCUUCUGGGGCUCGUCAAUCCAACCACUCCGGAUGGCAUUGAUCGGAUCAUUGACAAGGCCGCGAAAGCCCAGGUUGAAUGGGCCAAGACGACUUUUGCACAGCGCCGCCGUGCCUUAAGGACUCUGCUCAACUUCCUUCUGGAGAACCAAGAGCCUAUUGCUCGAGCAGCCUGUCUGGACAGUGGCAAGACGCGGGUUGAUGCGCUCUUCGGCGAGAUCCUGGUGACGGCGGAAAAGUUGAAAUGGACCAUCGACCAUGGCGAGAAAGCCUUGCAGCCAGGGCGCCGCCCAACUAACUUUCUGAUGUUCUACAAGAAGAAUGAAGUGCGGUAUGAGCCUUUGGGAGUCGUGGGUGCAUGCGUGAGCUGGAACUACCCCUUCCACAACCUGGUCGGACCUAUCAUCAGCGCCUUGUUCUCCGGAAACGCCAUAGUAGUCAAGGGCAGCGAACAGACUGCAUGGUCGUCCACCUACUUCGCCAAUAUUGUCCGCUCAGCACUCUCAGCAUGUGGUCAUGACCCCGACCUUGUCCAUGCUAUUUCCUGCUGGCCGCAGACUGCAUCUUACUUCGCCAGCCAUCCAGGACUGGGCCAUCUGACGUUCAUCGGAAGCCGACCCGUCGCUCACGAAGUCGCAAAGAGCGCCGCGAAAGCUCUGACACCGCUGUGCGUUGAGCUCGGAGGUAAAGAUGCAGCAAUCGUCUUGGACCACCCGAAAGGCAAGCUGGAGCAUCCGAACGAGAUGAACAGAAUUGCUAGCAUUUUGAUGAGAGGCGUCUUUCAAUCGGCUGGACAGAACUGCAUUGGUCUUGAGCGUAUCGUCGCAAUGCCGCAGGCAUAUAACCGACUGAAGGACUACCUCCUGGAGCGCAUCCAAAACCUGCGCCCUGGAAGUGAUCUAGAUGACGAAGACGGCACGGUCGAUAUGGGCGGCAUGAUUUCGGCGGCAUCCUUUGACCGCCUGGAACAACUGAUCAGCGAGGCUGUUGCCCAAGGUGCCACAUUACUUGCUGGUGGCCAUCGGUACCAUCAUCACAAGUAUCCUAAGGGACAUUACUUCGAGCCGACGAUGUUGGCCGAUGUCACUCCCAACAUGCGUAUCGCACAGGAAGAGCUCUUCGCGCCCAUCUGCGUUCUGAUGCGAGCAGUGAGUGUCGACGAAGCCAUCACCAUCACCAACAGCUCAAUGUUCGGACUUGGGUGCAGCGUCUUUGGCCCAGUGUCUUCGUCCGCUGCCAUAGCUCAACUGCAGCGAGUGGCCCGAGAGGUGAAGAGCGGCAUGGUCGCCGUCAACGACUUCGCUGUCUUCUAUGCUGUGCAGCUUCCGUUCGGUGGCACGAAGGGCUCUGGAUACGGCAGGUUUGCGGGUGAAGAAGGCUUGAGGAGUCUGUGCAACGUCAAAAGCGUUUGUACCGAUCGAUGGCCACGCAUGAUCAUGACACAGAUUCCUGGGAAGCUGGACUAUCCGAUGGGGAGCGCGGCAUGGCCGAUGGGUCAGGGAGUGGUGGAGCUUGGGUAUGGUGACAGCUGGCGGAGGAAGCUGCGAGGAAUACGAAAGAUGAUUUGA